AUGAGCUCAACACUGCAUCACUGUUCACUUACAGAUAAACCGACUCUGACUGUAAAGCCCCAGAGUUCAGUGUUCACUGGAGACACAGUUACUCUCCGCUGUGACGUGGGAAGAUCAACUGGAUGGACGUUUAUCUGGAGGAAAGACUCAAACUGUGAAUCCAGUGAUUAUGCAGGAACUAAAACUAUCAGUUCUGUGACAGUCUCUGAUGGAGGAACAUACUGGUGUAGAGCACAGCGAGGAAACUACUACUACACACAUACACAAUACUAUACAGACUACAGUAAUGCAAUAAAGAUAACAGUGAGAGAGAGACCCAGACCUGUAGUGAAGGUGAAGCCUGAUGUCCGUGUUUUCAGAGGAGAGACAGUCACUCUUACAUGUGUCAUACAGGAGACAGGAGUCUGGAGGUACAGCUGGUAUAAAGAUCAAGAUUACAGCAGAAGAACAGGCCAGAUCUAUAACAGCGCAGGACAAGACCAGAUCUAUAUAAUCACAUCUGUGGAUCCGUCUCAUGCUGGUCUGUACAGAUGUAGAGGAACUCAGACUGAAACCCCACAGUACUCAGAGAUCAGUGAUGGAGUUACACUGACAGUAUCAGGUUUACCCACAUCUACAGUGACUGUGACACCAGACAGUGCUGUAUCCACUGGAGAAACAGUCAAUCUGAAGUGUGUGAUAAACUCUGAUCACAGUAACUGGAGAUAUGAGUGGUUUAAAGACAGUGUAAUAUUACAGACGUCUGGUUAUCGUUACACUGUAAACAGAGACACUGUCACUAUCAGAGGAGCUACUGAGUCUGAUCAGGGUCAGUACUGGUGUAAAGGACAGAGAGAUGGAAGACCAAACUCAUCAACAUCAAGCUCUGCUGUUUCUCUCUCUGUGAAGGGUUUACCCACAUCUACCGUGACUGUGACACCAGACAGUGCUGUAUUCACUGGAGAAACAGUCAAUCUGAAGUGUGUGAUAAACUCUGAUCACAGAAACUGGAGAUAUGAGUGGAGAUAUGACUGGAGAUAUGAGUGGAGAUAUGAGUGGAGAUAUGAGUGGUAUAAAGACAGUGUAAAGUUACAGAAGUCUGAGCGCUACACUGUAAACAGAGACACUGUCACUAUCAGAGGAGCUACUGAGUCUGAUCAGGGUCAGUACUGGUGUAAAGGACAGAGAGAUGGAAGACCAAACUCAUCAACAUCAAGCUCUGCUGUUUCUCUCUCUGUGAAGGGUUUACCCACAUCUACAGUGACUGUGACACCAGCCAGUCGUGUAUUCACUGGAGAAACAAUCAAUCUGAAGUGUGUGAUAAACUCUGAUUACAGUGACUGGAGAUAUGAGUGGUAUAAAGACAGUGUAAAGUUACAGACGUCUGGUUAUCGUUACACUGUAAACAGAGACACUGUCACUAUCAGAGGAGCUACUGAGUCUGAUCAGGGUCAGUACUGGUGUAAAGGACAGAGAGAUGGAAGACCAAACUCAUCAACAUCAAGCUCUGCUGUUUCUCUCUCUGUGAAGGGUUUACCCACAUCUACAGUGACUGUGACACCAGACAGAGCUGUAUUCACUGGAGAAACAGUCAAUCUGAAGUGUGUGAUAAACUCUGAUCACAGAAACUGGAGAUAUGAGUGGUAUAAAGAAAGUGUAAAGUUACAGAAGUCUGAGCGCUACACUGUAAACAGAGACACUGUCACUAUCAGAGGAGCUACUGAGUCUGAUCAGGGUCAGUACUGGUGUAAAGGACAGAGAGAUGGAAGACCAAACUCAUCAACAUCAAGCUCUGCUGUUUCUUUCUCUGUGAAGGAUCUAAAGCCUGAACUCACAUCAGAUCCUGCAGGAGCUGCACUGACUGGAAACACAGUGACUUUGACCUGUCGCAUGGAUCCGUCUACUGGAUAUUGGGACUUUUACUGGUACAAAAACACACUGAACCCUGAGACAGAGAAGACAGAAACAAACUCCUACAGCCUGAAGAUUGAUUCAGUGUCUGAUGGAGGCCAGUACUGGUGUAGAGCUGGAAGAGGGAAACCAGUCUAUCACACACAAUACAGUGAUGCACUGUGGGUAAAUGUUACAGUUGAGAGAAGAUCAAAACCCUGCAAUAACGAGCAAUAA